AUGGGUUCUGUAGGAAGUUUAUAUUUGCACGUCGCAAAAUGUGCCAGCAACCAGAAUCAUAACAAUCUCAUCUACAAUGAAAAAUUCACAAGCGGUGCCGAAACUGUAAACAGUCAGUGGCACAUCAACAAAAACAACAUUGACAUCAACAACAACAUCAAUAACAUGAAUCAUAACGUCAAUAACAUCAACUACAACGCCAAUAACAUCAACUACAAUGCCAAAAACAUCAAUCACAACGUUUUCAGCAAGAACAACAUUUACCGCGAAACUGCUACCGACAACCGCAACUACAUUAUUCGUUUAACCGAUAAGAUACCGACUAUCAUCACUUGCACAUCCUUUUCGGGAUAUCCCGAGCCAGAUAUUCGUCUGCUCAUCAGCAGAAGGAAAAAUCGCCAAACUCCAUUUCUGCUAUCAUCUACGUCACCAUCAUUUUCAUCAUCGUUCUUUCCAUAUCCGUCGUCAUCUUUCUCAUCAUUUUCCUCAUCAUCUUCAUCUUCGUCUUCACCAUCUUUGACGUUUUCAUCAUCUACAUCAUCAUCAUCUUCAACAUCUUCAUCAUCUUCACCAUCUUCGACGUUAUCAGUGUCUUCGAAAGAUAUGCCUUUUCAAAAAUCACCACUGUCUUCUUCAUCGUCAUCAUCGUCACAAAGUUCAUCAUUUUUAUCACCAUCAUCCUUCCCAUCAUCAUCAACAUCACCAUCAUCAUCAUCAUCAACAUCACCAUCAUCAUCAUCAUCGCCGUCACUAUUGUUAUCAUCCUUAAACAUAUCAACGUACCAGCCGUUCGUGGAUAUAACACAUUUCUUCCCAAUCUUCAAAUUAACCCCGCUAAAAUCAGGAGUGCAGGGAUUGAGGAAAACUAUCUACAAGAGUGAAAGAAUGAACUUCAAUGACGAUUGCCACAACAAUAACGACAACAACAACAAUACUACUACCACAACAAUUACUAAUACUCAAACUAAUACUACCACUACUACUACCACCACCGAUAGUAGUAGUAAUAAUGGUGGUAGUGGUGGUGCUGCUGCUGGUUGUAGUAGCAGUAGCAAUAGCAGCAGCAACAAAAGUAGUGGUUGGCUGGUUAGUAGUGAUGACGAUGAAGCAAUUUUGAAAUGUGUGGCCCUGGCGAAUAGAUUGGAAGCCGUCCACACAAUGGUCAAGCUUGACGUAGAAUAUGCGCCAAAAAUUAUCUGCGAAGACAACAGGGCCUAUCCAGACGAGAAAAACGUUGCCCUCAAAUGUUUGGUUACGUGCAAACCCACCCCCACCACCAUGUUCUGGGUGGUGGAUAGCACAGGGAGUACGCUACAAGAGGGGCAGAUAAGGAAUGGUCUUUGGACCGUAUCGUUGCCUCAGUCGGCCACAUCACAACUCGUCCAGCUAUUCAUCCGCCAAAUAGUUCCCUCCAGGCACUACUUCGCCAAGUUCACACUCGUCGUUGAAAAUGUCGUUUCCGUCAGCAGUGCAGAUGUCAAAUUACAUCCACGUGAGAGGCAGAAAAGUUUGAUUCAUCUCGACAGCCAUCUGCAUCAUCACAACAACAAAAACGAAAAUAAAAUGAACAACAUCGCCAGCUACAGACACACGUUCGCUAGUUUAAACAACAACGAGUUAGACGAUAACAACAACAACACAGACAACAGGAACAACAACGACAACAUCAACAACAACGACAUUAACAAUGGAAAAAGUUUCAACGAAAAAAGCAUGAAAAACAUCAAUGACAACAACAUGAACAGCAACAAUGACGACAACGACAACAGCCACAACAACGACGACAACAGCCACAGACACCAGCGUCCACACGUGGCAAACACCAAACUGUCCAGGGAACUGCCCAGCGGCCUAUCCACUUCAGCCCAUCUCGCCAGAGGGCCAUCUAGACAUCGGAAAUUUUUUACAGUGACGUCAUCAUGCGAUAAAAUAAUUCACCCGUUCUCAAUUAUAAUGAUUAUUAUUAAUAAUUUAUUAUAA